CAUACAGUGGGAAGUUAGGUUUGGAGAGGAAAACGAAUCGGUGCUGUUUCUCAUGUGUUUGUAGAUAUUUUUCUCAAAUUUCAUUAUUGAACAUUUACUUUGAAAAACACCGACCCGUGGUACUCGUUUAUCUAUAAAAUGUCUUCCUUCAGACGUGCCCAGCAAUGGGCAACGUUUUCUAGAGUUUGGCAUUUGAUAGACUUAAAAUGGCAAAACCCAUACGAGUCUGCAAUUCUCAUUAAGAAGUAUCUAACUGGUUUGUGGAAACCCAUAUUUCAUCCGCUGAACAACUGUGGUGACCAUGUUGUCGUUAUCAAUUCUAAGGAGAUUGCUCUUCCCGGUGAUGAAUGGUAUCGCAGAGCUUAUUUUCACCAUCGCACGUAUGCAGGGGCUAAGUCAUGGACACUUGCAUGGGAACUUCAUGAAGCAGAUGAUACAUUAAUUGUUCAGAAAGCUGUCUAUUUUGCAUUGGACAAGAAUCUUCUACGGCGUCAGCACAUGGCAAGAUUACAUAUUUUCCCUGAUGAGAAAAUCCCACCAGGAAUAGCAGCUAAUAUAACUAACCAAAUACGACCUCUUCGACCUGUACCAACUAAGUAUGAAGAAAUUCCAAAGGAAAAGCAAGCUCAGUUCCCACAGCUUUUCGAUUUUCCAAAGGAUUAUGUGCAAGGUUCCAAUUUGUGGGGCAAGCCAGAUCCAGAGAGGAAGGCUCAACCCAUCAGAUACCCUUACAAGCCAUUUGGCCAUGAACCAUAGUAACUUUGUGUCUGUUUUUCAAUAAAUAUAGUAGAAUAAGAUUUA